AUUCUGAAGAAACGGAUGAGGAUAUUUGUUCUGAAGAAAUAGAAAAUUUUCAAUUAGAUGACUCAAGUGAUGAAGAUAUUAUGGGUGAAGAGUCUAAAGACAUUAUGAAAAUUUCUGAGAUGGCUGUAAAUAAUUCCUUAUCUGAUGAAACUGUUAAUGCAACAAAACUUUUCAUUAAAUCAAUUGGAGAGCAACAAGGUGAAGCACUAGCUGUUAGAAAAUAUACUCAAAAACGGGCUGAUGGAAAAAUAACUGUUAGUUAUGAACAAAAUGAUGUUGUUCUUUUUUCAUUCCAUUAUUCUUAUGAUCAUCUUUAUGCUGCUUAUAAUUCAUUGCAUCCUGAAAAGCUCGUUAAAAGUCGUAUAACUUUUCAAAAAAUUUGGAAAAAUGACACUGAGCUUAGUAAGGUAUUAAUUAGAAAACUAUCCAAGGACAUUUGUGAUGAAUGUAGUCUAUAUAAAUAUGCAUUAAAAGAAAGUGUUAAUGAAACAGAUGAAAAUAUUGAUACACAAUUGAUAGCACAUAUAUCAGACUAUUGGGCAAUGAGAGAUAUAUAUGAAGAUGAUAUUAAAAAAGCAAAAACCAGUGAUCAUUCUUCAUUUCACGUUUUUUCAUUUGACUUUUCCCAAAAUAUGGAAUUACUUCAUAACUCCAACAGCCCGGAAGUUGGUAUUAUUGAUCAUUGUUGA